CAAAGGUGCACAUGUUGACAAAGGACACCAAAGUUGAGGCAAACCUCCUUUUGACGUGCCUGGCCACAGGUUUCUACCCAAAAAACAUCACCCUACAGAUCAAGAGAAAUGGCCGCAUUCUGAAAAAAGAGGACGGAUUGUUUUCCUCGGACUCUCUCCCAAAUGGAGACGACACCUACCAGAGGAGAGACUGGGUGGAGAUUUUAAGGAGCGACCGGUCUACAUUCACCUGUACAGUGAUACAUGAGGCAUCCAAUCGAAGCGUUACGGAAGGUUGGGUUUUAGAUCAUAAAGCUCCUGACUUCCCUGUUGAACCUGUCGUUGGUGGGGUGAUUGGAGGCUUGCUCGUGAUUGUGGUCGGGCUCGUUGUAGAGCUCAUCCUGAAAAAGAGAGGCAUAAUCUGUCGUCCACAAACUCAAGUCAACGAAGACGACGCAGUCAACGAAGACGACGCAGUCUGCGAAGCGGUACCUCGCGCUGGUUCCAGAGGAUCUAUCGACAGCAGCAUCUCCAAAGACUCUGGAGUCUCUUUUGAUGACUACAAAACCCCCGACUCCCAGAGCCUCCUGUCGGUGGAUGAAGUAGAUGAUGACUUGAUGAGUGUGAAGUCUGAAGUCUCAAAGUCUUCAUAGGGGUGGUAUAGACCGGCCCCUGUAACUCACACGCCAAAAAUGGCCAGCAGGUGGCACAAAACUGUUUUUGGCUGAUAAUUCCACAUAAUAUGUCGCACAUUGUUAAACCUUAUAUAUAUAUGUGUCCCCUCAAGUGAGCAAAUUUGCAAGAGAGAAAAAAAAGGUAGCCGAAAAUGGGCGUGGCCUAUAUUACAAGAUUCAGCACAAGUCAGGUAACGUGUGGAUAUAAGAUUUUUGAAUGUGCGAUAAAGUAUAUGGGAGUUAUUAGCCAAAACGCACUUUCCUUUAUUACAGCGCCACCUAGUGGCGGAAAUUCAGGAUGUUUAACAAUAAUUCAGGAAUUACACGACAUCGAUUCAUAUCGAAACAUUCUGUAAUAACAGUGGGGAUGUUAUUUAUUCAUUUAUUUUAGUCCACGAUUUUGCAUUUAUUUAUCACCCAGUUGCCUAUUUCAUGAUCCUGGGCGCCACCUCGUCUGUCAGUCUGGGGAGAGCCCUGAACCAUCCAGAGGAAGGCACUGUAGCGACCAGGAUCAUUCCUGUUCUUGUUCCCCUGUAAGGGGAACCUCGGGGGACAAGGGGAGAAUAUGCAAAAUCCACACAGAAAGGCCCUUUUGCCGACACCGACCAGCCCCUCCAACGCCCACAGCGUCCUGGCGGGAAUCGAACCCAGGACCUUCUAGCUGUGAGGCGAAUGCGCUACUGUUAGUUCGUUUCUUAUGCAGAACAGAUGAGAGGAGAGUAAAAUCCUUUUGACUAUUUAUUUAUUUAAGACAGUAAUGAAAGAGUGAGCAUGUACAUGGACCUUCUCUGUUCAGAAAUCACAGGUUGCUAAGCAGUUAGCUGUAACCACCUCCCAGAGAAGGAUGCCUAACUUACUUUUACACAGAGUUUUAUAAUGUAAAUGUGCGGCUAUCUGAUUGGUCAAAAACUGUUGGGGCAGCACCAUGGUUUAGACUCGACCCGCCCAUUACGUUAGCACACAGGCUAGUCCUAGCCUCUUGGUGCUUCAGCUUCUGGUCAGCGCCCUGUGAAAAAAAGCUAACAGCAGCUUUCUGUAUCUUGUCUAGUGUUGGUCAGUGCCUGUCUCCACCUGGUCAGUGCCUAUCUCCACCUGGGACCGUUACCUUGAAUUUGAGCACAAAGAGUGCUUCAGUUUUUUAUCUGCUUGCCCUCCAAUAAUGUGGCGAUGUGCAAAGCGUUAUCACUAUGUCCUUUCUGUUGCUACUCCUUAUUUCUGUGUGCUGUGCCUGGCAUAUAAAUGUGUUUUAUACUUAGCCAAAUACUUUCCUAAGCAGCAUUCUUGCUAAAAGUCAUAAUGCGAUUAUUCCUGUUUUUUUAUUAAUCUCUAACACUACCAAAUGCGCCAGUGUCCCCCCCCCAAAAAAAAAUGUAUAUAAAAAUGUUUUUUUAAUAAAAUUUCACUUUUUUGUUGAAUUUAUUUCAUGUCUGAUCGUUAUUUUACUGUCAUUUAUCAAUUAUGUUUGCACUUUUGUAAUAUAAAUUAAAGCAUUUUUCCUGCUGAUCUUUGGAGGAUUUUCAAAGGACAUU